CUCAACUUCAUUCUAUCGGAAUAAUACAUAACUAUAUACGUAUAUAACAACUGGAUUUAAUAAAGAUAUUAUUAAUAUUGUGUGUGACCAUGUCGUGGAGAAUAACGGAAGCCAAUGAUAACUUUUUGACAAGUUCUUCACUAACACGUGAAGAAACCACAGAACAACCAGGUGGGCCAGCACCAACCCCAACCGAUAAAACACUGACUCGAAUUAUUUCAACAAUAAAUCAUGAAAAUUUGGAUUAUUUCCAAGAAUCAUUUAAUAAAUGUCAAUUAACCAUAGAAGAUAUUCUUGAAAUUCUUGAUCAUCUUACAUCAUCACGGUUAAAAUUUCAAAGAAAUUAAAAACAUACAGCAUGAACAAAAGAUGAAUAAAUCAGUAGAUACAAGUAUAUAUUAAUAAAAUGAUGUAUCCAUCACUUAUAGUGCACUAUUUAAAGAUCAUGUUCUAAAUAAAUGAAUUAUCUUUAUUGAGCUGUAUUCCUACAUACA